CCAUUCUAUAAUCUGAACGUUGUGUUUACAUUUCCUCUUAUGCUAAUUGUCCUUUUAGACAUUUAAAAAACAACUUUAACCCUAAAUUUAUAAACUAGCAUUUUUUGUGAAUAGAGAGAGAAGUUUAUAAGAUUAAUAUGAUAUCUGUUUAUUAAAAACAGUAUUUGCCCUUGCCUUGUGAAGCCAAAGUCAGCGAGAAACAUCCGGACAAAGUGUUUACAUGCCAGAACCUGACUUGUUUCUUGCAUGUUUCCUUCAUGUCAGAAACUAGCAGGCAAUUCUCUCACUUUUUGUCUUUGUUUGGUAUUUAUUUUAAUUCUCUUUUGUCUCUCUCGUGCACUCCUUUGCCAAAAAGUUGAAAGAUCCGAGGAAAUUUCCUUAUUUUGUAUGGAUUUUGAGCCCUGGUCAUGAAUCACCAUGGAUCUCAUGACCUUCUUGUCGGUUAUUCUACUCAUUCAUUCGGCUCUUUACUUCACGGACCAGUUUCUGAAGUCAUGUCUCAACAUUCCAUACAUGUAUUUCUUGGACAACGUGGGGCUCACAGUGCGUCCUCUACAGCUACACUGGUUCACCACAGCAUUUAACAGAGCGGUGACCAAGUGGGCGCUGUGGAGGCCCAGGUUCUUCAAAGUAUGGUUCACUAUUGGAGCAAUGGUAGUUGGCUUGCUUCUCUUGCCUUCCAUUUUCCUGUUGAUUAGUGGAUUAAUCAACUAUUUACGCCCGGGCACUGAUCCGUCGGUACAGGCGUUGCAACCAAUUGUCCCUGGUGUAAACUUACCUAUUAAAGAGUUACCUUAUUAUUUUGCAACUUUACUCGUUGCAUCAAUCAUUCACGAAGCAGGACAUGCCAUUGCAGCUGUGAAGGAAGAUGUCCAUGUGAACGGCUUUGGGUUUGUCCUUAUGUUCAUCCUUCCAGGAGCAUUUGUUGACGUGCCGACAGAGGAAAUUCGCACUCUUACUCCUUUCAGACAGCUAAAGAUCCUGUGUGCUGGUGUGUGGCACAACAUUGUCCUGGUUCUACUUGCUGUGGCACUGGGUCUCUCCGUCCCUUACAUUCUACAACCCCUGUACAUUCAUGGUCGUGGAAUGACUGUUUUGUCAUUGACACAAGACUCCCCUGCCAGAGGUCCCACAGGACUAUCCACAGGUGAUGUGAUCACUGCACUCAACAAGUGUCCUGUUAGAAGCAUGGAGGACUGGAGGGAGUGUCUGGUGACAAGUAUUAAGUCCGACCAAAUGGGUUUCUGUGUCCCUGAGUCAGUGGUGCAUACAUAUGAUGAGACUAUACACCAUGAGUUGGACUCUCACCCAAUAAUGAGCUAUUUGCACAAAAUAUUCCUAAAGAAUAGAGCUUUCGAGGGUGCAGAUGGAUCAGUCCAGUGCUGCAGCGGGGACAGUGAAGCUCAUCUGUGUUUUGAACUCCUUGAGGACCGGGACUCAGAUAAGGGAGUGGCAGCCAUGCAACCAUUCUCCUGCUUGCCUGCACGAAUGGCCAUAUCACUGAGCACAAAAACAUGCAUCAACUCGGUGGCAUGCCCAGCUGACAGCCACUGCUUAGCCCCAUCAUUGCGGAAUGCCUCACGACUCCUGCAGAUUAGCCGGCGAGGCCAGAAGGGGGAGCUGAAGGAUGAUGUGCUCUACCUAGGGCCUCCAGCGUACCUCUUCCACACUGUGACGCUGACUAGCUACAUCCCCAAGUUUUCUUUUGUCCCCCUGACAUGGCCUGGUACCCUGGAGACGCUUUGUGAUUACAUGAUCAAGUUUUCAGGUGCUCUGGCAGUCCUGAACAUGGUCCCGGUCCUACACCUGGAUGGCUAUUGGAUCUUUGGGGCUAUGAUUGAUCUCUUUUUGGCCUCCAGAUGUGACCAAGUGACCAGAAGAAUUGUCCAUGUCAUCAUCACAAUAAUGGGGAGUGUUUUACUAUUCUUGAACAUUGUGCUAGGCAUUUGGAGUAUCUUGUAGAAAUGAUAAUUGUGUUCAAGUUAGGCAAAUUACUGUGUGUAUAUAUAAAUAUGCUAGGUCCAGUUUUUAUGUGAAGAGUCAGUAUCCGUCUCAAGAAAAAAAAGGAAAGCUCUCUAGUUCCCAGUUCUCUGACCAAAAAUAAGUACUUUGGUUCUGCCUUUGUUUGUUGAGUUAACAUUAGCUAUGGAUUUUGGAAACUCAAAAAAACAUACUCUUAAUGUACAAAUGUGUAUCAUCUGACAAAAGUUGUGUAAACUGUGUGGUCUUCAGGAAGUAUUUGAGGAUUUGUAAGUGAAAGAUUUGACUAAUGAAUGAUGAGCUUGUUACUUGGUGUGAUUAAAUACAAACUAAUUAAACGUGUGGGUUGAUGAGCAGAACAUGAUUUUGUGCCAUUUUUUGUUUUUUUCUUGUUUUCUUUUUAACUUUUUCUAUUGCAUAGUUUGUUAUUUUUUCUUUCUUUUCUCUUAGCCUAUCAGAAUAAUUGAAAUUACAAUACUACAUGGUAAUAUUGCUGCUGCUAAUAUUGAAGUUUCAAAUGAUAGUGAUAAUUGUGUAUGAUUAUAAUUUUUUUGGAAUAUGGUGAUUAUAUUCCUGAUAAGCAUCAGUAAACACCCAAAAAAUAACAUCGUUAGUGUUUAAUUUGAAGAACGAUUCAAUAAGGAAUUAUCAUGCAGUGUUGAAGAAUUAUGGUAUAUCUUAUUGUUCUAUAAAAUUUUAUCUAUCAAAAAUUAGAUUUUGUUUGAAUAUUUUUUGAUUUAUGUAAAGGGUGAUAUUUGCCUUUACGUAUUAUUUAUUAUUUAUUAUUUAUUAUUUAUUAUUUAUUAUCUGUUUGCUUUAUUAUUAUUUUAAUCUUUUGGAUAUCUAUGUAUCUGAUUCUGUUGAAUUCAUUUGUUGAAUCGCUGGAAUUAAAUUUGAUUAUUGCUUAGCGUCUAUGAUUUUUGGCAAUGUUCCUAUUUGAGGAAAUGUAGGUAUUGGUAUCAACUUUUGAUUUUUAUUGUCACCAGUAUGAUUAUUAUUAGAAUUAUCAUAUUUGUUAUUAUUAUUGCUUAAACU